CUGCGUGCAUCUGACAAACAGGGGGGCCGAGAACAUGCGCUGGCCUGGAGAUUGAGCAAAUCCCAAUCAGUAAAACAGGUAUUCGUCUUUCCUGGAAACGGAGGAACAUCUCUCGAUGAGGACAAGGUCGAACAAGGCGCUGCCCCUAUUUCCAAUCUUACUGGCAUCCGGACAGGCUCUACAGGAUACAGUGACUUGGCGCAAAAGGCCAAUUGGACCGAUGACGAUGUGGUCAAUGCGGGAAUCCCAUGUUUCGCACUGUCACGUAAAGCAGCACAGCUCGAAGGUUCCAAGGUUUUCGCCAAAACGUUUAUGGAGAAUUACAACAUACCCACUGCCGCCCACAGCAGUUUCGACGACUUCGACGAGGCCAGCGCCUACAUGCGCAAGGUAUUCAUCGAUGACGACCACCGAAUCGUGAUUAAGGCAGAUGGUCUUGCUGCAGGGAAGGGUGUGGUCUUGCCCGAGACACCUGAGCAGGCUUUGGGGGACCUUCGAAGUAUCAUGAAAUAUGGAGUCUUCUCUACAGCAGGGUCUUCGGUAGUGAUCGAAGAGUACAUGGAAGGAUUCGAGAUCAGCAUUUUAACCUUCAGCGACGGAAAGACCUUCUAUUCUCUCCCAGCCGGUCAAGACCACAAGAGAAUCCUGAAGGAGAACAAAGGACCCAAUACUGCAGGCAUGGGUGUUUACACAUCUGUUCCGAUGGUCACCCCAGAGAUGACACAACAGAUCGACGAUGAGAUCUUGAAGCCAACAUUCGAAGCUCUCAAGAAAGAAGGGUGUCCCUUUCAGGGCUUGCUUUUCACCGGUGUCAUGGUAAUCGAAUACAACGUGCGGUUUGGCGACCCAGAAACUCAGAGCUCGAUACUUCUCUUGGCUGAGGAAACAGACCUGGCGAAUAUCUUACUAUCAUGCACAAACGGCACACUUGACCAAGUCAAACACACCAUCAAGGUCAAACCAGGCUUUGCUUGCAAUGUUGUUAUUGCAUCCGGUGGAUACCCUGGUGGUUAUGAGACAAGCAAGACCAUCACGCUGAGGACACCUCCUGAUGGCGUGAUCAUUUUUCACGCGGGAACUCACCGGGAUGAAAGCGGCGAUGGAUUACUGAGGACAACAGGAGGACGGGUCUUCUCGGUGGCCGCCUACGGAAAGACCUUACAACAGGCCCGGUACAAAGCCUAUCAGGGGGUUGAGUGCGUGUCGUUUGAACCCAAAGUGUUCAGGAAUGAUAUUGCUCAAGGGGGUCUGAGUGUGAUGAAACAUGGGAAGCCCUGA